CAUGGUCCAUGUGAAGAGGCCGUGAAGAAAUUAAUUUGCCUAUUUCAAGUCCCAACUAACGCGGCUGAUUAUUCACCAGACAAUACAAAAUCAAAGACUUUAUUGCUUCUUUCUCUCAAAAUCGAUCUCCUUAUAACCCCAUCUCUCUCUUUUAUCUUCUUUCACCUUGUAAACAUGGAAAAGAUUCAGCAUCCCAAUUUGGAGAAACUUCAAGUUCUAACUCAAAGGCGCCACCUCCACCUUGAAGCCAAGAAGCCAGUGGUUUGGGACUGUGGCAGCUCUCUCUAUGACUCCUUUGAGCUCAACUCUUUCAAUCGUCAACUUGAUUCAGCCCUUGCUUCAAGAAGUUUAUCCAUGUCUCAUUUACCUGAUCAUAGAGCUCCUCUUCCUCUUCCUCCUCCACCACCACCCAAAAAAUCUUCUUCUUCUUCCAAGAUUUCUAGGUCUGUUCAGAAGCUCCUCAAAUCGGUGUUCAAGUCUAAGCAAAGUUCUAGUGCCAUGUUAAGGAUCCGGCAGCGUUCACGUGAUGAAUACAGCGUUUAUUAUGAUAAGACUGGAGCUCUUACGACGAUCCCGGAAGUGCCAGAGAUUGAUUUUGGUGGGCUUUCGCCGGAGAUCAACUCUUUGGCAAAGAGAACACCUUCCGAGAGAUUUACAGCUACUUCUAAUAUUGUUAUUUCUUGUGCUUAAUAUAGAUAAAAUAUUUGUUAAAUUCGUAUAGUACUUUGUUUUGAGACUUGUUUUACGUGUUAGAUGUUCCUGUGUUUAGGGUUAUCUCCUUAAACUAUGAUUACGUAAGCGUAGAAGUUCUGAAAUUUGGCAUUUUCUUAGUCUA